AUGAGUAACCGCCGGGUGAAGGCCAUGGCCUUGGAGGACGAUGACUACGAUGACUAUGACGACUAUAGCGCGGAAGAUGAUUCAAAUACUGCUGCAGAAGAAAUCUCUGCAGAAGACAAACAGAAAUUGCAGCAGUAUACUCCCAAAGUCCGUCAAGCUCUCGGACCAAACUUCCCUGCAACCGAUUCCGAUAUACAGGAUGCCCUUUGGUAUUAUUUCUAUGACAUCAGCAAAUCAGUUUCGUGGCUGAAAAAUAAACAGCCUCCCGUCACUUCUGAGGCUACACAAAAAUCAAAAGCAAGCAAGAGUAAGUCCCAUUCUUCCGUCAUCAUGCUCCUUGUUCUUCCAUUCCAAUCUUGUCUGCAUCAUUGUGGUCAUGGUGACUUGAGGAAUGGCCCUUUCGAAUAUGCUUCUGAUGAGCAUGAAGAGGUAGCAGAGUCUGUUAUCUGCUCCAGCCCUUUCUCGGCGGCGGAAUUCUUCAAAGAUUCACCUUGGUUGAAAAUCCCUCAACAUCGAAAGGCUGAGAUCACCAUGCAACCUUUGUAUCCUCGAGGUGGACUUCUUGGAGGAACUUCAAAGGCCAGCAAACCCUCUAAACUGGCGGCAUUGGCAGCCAAAAGAAAACAGCAGGUCAAUGAACAGCCGGGAUCGAUUGCUACAAACACGGUUACUCGUCCGGAUGAUUAUACAGCACAUCUAAACAAAUUACGCAUAAGCAAAUCUCCCCAAGCAGCAAUUCAACUAGAGAAUCAAGAAGACCAGAAACAGCCGUCAGACGUGGACAUGCUCAGAUACGAAGAGUCCAAGUCCUCUGAGACAGACAAAGUCCGAAAUGACCACUCGUCAGUGGUAGACCGUGACAUCAGAGGCCAGCCUUCGUUAUUCGCAAGCAUCAUGACCAGCCAAACAGCCGAUAAGGACUCGCGGUCUUCGUCUGAGUUUGUGUCCAAUGCGUUGCUUUCUAGAUCCUUUGAUUUCACAGAACCGAGUCCAGAUGAUAUUGUUACAAGGGCUCAGAAUGUGAAAGCCCCUGCCCCCACGAAAACUAAACCUAAAGAGAGCACCAAAACAAGUUCUUCCAUCGCCAAAGGUGUACAGAACUUGUCAAUACAAGAGCCUCCUAAAGUCAAAAGCAAAAAUCUUGAUGUUGUCGCAGAGUUUCAGAAGGUCAAGCGGAAAAAGGCUGCGAAUUUUGUGGUCAUCGGGCAUGUCGACGCAGGGAAGAGUACACUUAUGGGGAGGCUGUUAUUUGACCUGAAAGCUGUCGACCAGCGAACAAUGCAGAAGUAUCAACAAGAGGCCGACCGAAUUGGCAAAGGUUCGUUCGCGUUUGCGUGGGUUCUAGACCAGGGAACCGAAGAACGAGCUCGAGGUGUGACUAUUGACAUUGCAACCAAUAAUUUCGAGACUGAGAAAACCAGCUUUACGAUACUGGAUGCUCCUGGCCAUAGGGAUUUUGUGCCCAAUAUGAUUGCUGGAGCGAGUCAAGCAGAUUUUGCAGUUUUGGUCAUAGAUGCAUCCCCUAGCAAUUUCGAGUCGGGCCUCAGAGGACAGACCAAAGAACACGCUCUUCUGGCUCGAUCUAUUGGAGUGCAGAGGAUUAUCGUAGCAGUCAACAAAAUGGACUCCGCAGAUUGGUCCGAAGAAAGAUUCCGAGAAAUCCAACAGCAACUGGCAGCAUUUCUCAACACUGCUGGGUUUCAGGCAAAGAACGUCACAUUUGUCCCUUGCUCAGGACUAGCGGGUGGGAACAUUUUGAGCAAACCCUCAGAUCCUAGAGCGUCUUGGUAUACUGGACCAUCUCUGGUGGAGGAAUUGGACACAUCGGAGCCGUCAACAUAUGCUCUCGAUAAGUCUCUUCGAAUGACAAUCAGCGACGUCUUUCGAGGUGGUGUGCAAAACCCCUUGUCUGUUUCAGGUCGUCUCGAGGCUGGCAAUGUUCAGAUUGGAGAGCAAGUCGUCAUCAUGCCUAGUGGCGAGAAAGCCCAGAUUCGGAGCCUGGAGGUUGAUGAGGAGCCAAGAGACUGGGCCGUGGCAGGACAAAACGUGGUUCUUAAUUUGACGGAUGUCGAUCCCAUUCACCUCAAGACUGGAGACGUCCUCUGCAGCCCCAAUUCUCCGAUAAAGAACAUCAGUGACUUCAAGGCUAAAAUCCUUGCAUUCGACCAUCUGACACCAAUGAAUCUGGAUGUUCAUAAAGGCCGACUUCAUAUUCCCGGGAAGAUUACUCAACUCAUCGCGACGCUGGACAAGUCAACAGGCGCUGUACUCAAGAAGAAGCCUAAGAUUGUCCAACCCGGAAGUGUUGUCAGGGUUGUGGUGCAGCUGGACCAGGCUGUACCUCUGGAGGCCCCUGCACGAAUUGUCCUCAGAGCCAAUGGGGAGACGGUUGCGGCUGGCUUAAUCGAGUAA